GAGAGGCCCUGGCCCCGCCCGUGCUGGUGGGCGCCAGAGAGAUCUACGAGCCGUCGGAACUCAUCAAAAUUGGUUGUCAACCCCAACAACCUCUAUACGACGGUCACGCCCCGACCCUACAGUGGUUCCUGGAGGGCAGGGAGGCGGCGCCACAGAUGUUGACCCGCACUGACCCAGGCCCCAAGGGCGGCCCACGACUCACCCUCGCCAUCCCAGGAGAGAAGAUAAAGUCAGCGCACGGCAACCUUAGAGCGGAGUGUAGGCUGACAUUAGGCGCCCACACACUCACCACACACAAGAUUCUCAGGGUUCGUGUCCCCAUGAUCUCCUACGUCGGUAACUACCACUCCCCAGCCAGCCAAUGGGAAGCGAGUACUGCUUUCAUGACCCUCGCUGCCAUCCUGCUUCUGCGGUAGGCAGCACAUUGCCUCUAUGCUGCCGCCGUAGUGGCAAAAUGAUGUCGCCAUCGUAAUCUACCUGAAGGAGGCACAGUGCCAACACCUUCCGCCAACCUCAAGUAGCAGAGUGAUGCCACCAUGACAUUACUGCAUGCGGAACGAAGAUGCCAUACUCCUGUUGAAGAGCUGCCUUCCUCUGGUUGAAGGUGACAGAGCUGUCUCCCUCUUGAUGAAGGUGACAGCUGCCUUCCUCUGGUUGAAGGUGACAUAGCUGUCUCCUUGAUGAAGGUGACAGGUGCCUUCCUAUUGUUGAAGGUGACAGAGCUGCCUUCCUGUUGUUGAAGGUGACAGCUGCCUCCCUCUUAUUGAAGGUGAGAGAGCUGCCUUCCUCUGGUUGAAGGUGACAUAGCUGUCUCCCUCUUGAUGAAGGUGACAGCUGCCUUCCUCUGGUUGAAGGUGACAGGUGCCUUCCUAUUGUUGAAGGUGAGAGAGCUGCCUUCCUCUGGUUGAAGGUGACAUAGCUGUCUCCCUCUUGAUGAAGGUGACAGGUGCCUUCCUAUUGUUGAAGGUGACAGAGCUGCCUUCCUGUUGUUGAAGGUGAGAGAGCUGCCUUCCUCUGAUUGUAGGCGACACAGCUGCCUACCUCUUGUUGAAGGUGACAGAGCCGCCUUCCUCUUUUUGAAGGUGAUAGCUGCCUCCCUCUUGUUGAAGGUGACAGAGCUGCCUUCCUCUGGUUGAAGGUGACAUAGCUGUCUCCCUCUUGUUGAAGGUGACAGAG